AUGUCGAGCGCUUCGAGCGAAAAGUCAGCGCCGCAAGACACGCAGCAGCGUCAACAUGCCGACCAGGAAGCGGCCAAGCCCGCACCACCGGCAGCCUUUGACCCGCCUGAUGGUGGAAGAGCCGCCUGGCAGACUGUUGCUGCCGGCUGGCUGUGCCAAUUCUGCUCGUUCGGCUUCAUCAAUGCCCUCGGCACUUUCCAACUGGUCUACGAAACGGACAUUCUCAAGACGGCCUCAUCAUCGGCCAUUUCCUGGAUCCUUACCAUGCAACUCUUCCUCAUGUUCUUCCUUUCACAGCCCGUCGGCAUGAUAGUCGACAUGUUCGGCCCCCGUGCCAUCCUCAUGCCCACCUCUAUCCUCGCCGUCGUCGGGCUCGUCGCCCUAAGCUUCGCCAAGGAGUACUGGCAGAUCUUCCUAGCCCAAAGUCUAUGCUUCGGUCUGGGCGCUGCCGGCAUUUUCGUGCCUGGCCUCGUCACUGCAAGCCAGUACUUCAAGCGGAAGCGAGCCUUCGCCGUCGGCAUAGUCGCCAGUGGGUCCUCCGUCGGUGGCGUGGUGUUCCCAGUUUUCCUCGCCCAGCUCUUCGACCAGAUCGGCUUCCGCGCCACCAUCCGCUGGACCGCCCUCAUGGUCGGUGUGCUCCUCGCCAUCGCCAACGUCCUCGUCGUGCCACCGAUCAAACCAAAGGGCUGGGCCGGCCGCCGCACGCUCCUCAGCGUCGCCGUCUUCAAACAGCCUGCUUACGUCCUCUUCGUCGGCGGCUCCUUCUUCUUCUUCUGGGGCCUGUUCGGUCCGUUCAACUACCUGCCUCUGUUCGCCGAGCAAGCCCAGAGCACCUACGCCGUCGCCUCGUACACCGUCUCCAUCCUCAACGCGGCCUCCAUCUUCGGCCGCAUCCUGCCGCCUCUCUACUCGGACCGCGUCGGCCACUUCUCUGUCAUCACCGUCUGUGCCUUCGUCGCCGGUCUCUCCGUCCUCGUCGUCUGGCUGCCCAUCAAUACGCACCACUCGCUGGGCGGCCUCAUCGUCUUCGCCCUCGUCUUCGGCUUCUUCAGCGGCGCCUUCGUCUCGCUCAUCACACCGUGCCUGCUGCAGGUCGCCGGCGGCCACACCGCCGACCUGGGCGCCAUGCUCGGCACCUACUUCGCUGUCGCCGCCAUUGCCAGUCUGACUGGCUUGCCCAUCCAGGGCGCCAUCACGGGGAGCGGCGACGAUUUGACGGGGUUGAUUGUGUUUUCGGGCGUGGCGAUGGUGGUGGGUUCUGCGGGUUUGGUGGGGGCGAUGGGAGUGUUGAGGAAGAAGAGGAAUGCUGAUCAUUAG